AUGGCUUCGCCGGUUCUACGUCUCUUUCUCGGCACGUUAGUAGCCAUAUGCUUCAUCGCAAUCUUCACACCCACGGAAAGAGUCACCUCGGUCGCAAACUCGUUCAGAACGCCUCAAGCGCUGAAGAAUCUCGACGUUGUCAUUUCACAAUUGGAAAAGAAUCCCGUCCUCAUGCGCGCCGCCGUGACGAACCAUAACGACCACCCCGUUACCAUCCUCAACUACGGAUCACCACUGGAUGCGCUGGCUAUUCAGAUGGGCACGCUGUACAUUACUUCCAAAGACGAGACUACACCUCUGGAAAUCCUGCAGAUUGAGGCGUCGAGGCUGUGGCCGCCUCUGGAGGAUGCUUUGAUUGAGAUUGGAGCUGGACAGACUGUUUCUUGGGAAUCUACACUACAGGAACCUGUUGUUCCCAUGGAUAGCGUCUACGAGCGAGGGACGGUUCAAUUGAAGGGGAAUUGGUUGGCAGUAUGGACACAAGAGAAGGCGGGAAUUGAUCCCAGCGAACUGGAGGAGGGAGCACUCAUCAAUGGCACUCUAACGGGGCCUUACACGUCGAAUGUUCUUGAGAUUGAGCUCAAGUAA